GGUGUGACGUAAUCCUCUUUGUUUCACUAUGGCAGACAGGCCCGAAUUUAGAGGUCUCUGUAAAUAAAGGUACUUUACUUUACCAGCGGCAGAUUUAAAACCCACGCACAUAUAGUGAUCGAUCACAGUUGGCCGUUGUUACAUGUCUCAGAGAUGAUGUCACGGAAACGUACUGAGGCAGACAGUGAGAUCAUGUAAUAUUGGAGCGAUGAAGCACCAGUAAAAACCAGCUGUGUUACCAUAUAAACGCAUGUGUACCAGCGCAAUGGAGAGUGACUGUAGGAUCCCCAUGGCAUGUCUGAGACCACGAAUUCUGGCCCUACACGCCUUGUUUUGGGGUUUAGUGUCACUUAGAGUGUUUGGAGCAGCACUUCUUAGCGAUGAGAAGGCCGCAGUUGUGGUUACAAAGGCAGUAAAUGCACCAUGUUGGCGGGUGGAGGAGUUUGUGGUGGCUAAAGAGUGCAGUAUGUGUGAUGGUUUCCAAUCGAAAACAUUAGCAGCAUGCAGCCAAACUGGAUUUGUAGAAAAGAUCAACUGCACCAAAUCCAACAAAGAUGAAUACAAGAGUUGUCGCUCUACCAAAAUGGAGGAGCACCUCUUCUGGAAAUUUGAGGGCGGUGUGCUGACUCUCACUGUAGUCUUUGCAAUACUGGUGUUCGCUAGGCAACGGUCACUUGACCGCCAAGCCUCAGACAAGGUUCGGAGACAGAUAGAAUCUAUUUAGUAUAUCAAGCUGUACUAAAACCUAAAGGACAUAUGCUAGACAGGAGGCCUGGAGUUACAAGCUCUCAACAAAGGGCAUAACCCAACAGUCCAUGGAGGCUUCUGGGCUUGAUCUCUGGUUUUAUCUUUCUGAAUGGGUACAAUGUGCCCUUACUCUCCAGUCAGACAAUAUUUUUUGGAUGCUACAUCCCUGUAAAGUGGACUUUAUAUAUCUGUUAACUUCAAGAAUUUGAAUAGUGAACACGCAUCCAAAUUGACAAACAUAAUGCAAGAUAGGUGUCUAGUCCCUAUUAUGUAAUAGAAGAUGUACAGCUCUGCAAAUACCUGUUUUUUCAAAUGCUGGGAAGACAGUGUGCAUAGAGACAAUACUAAAGCACAAAAUAUUUUGUGAAACAGAAUGAUCUGUGUGGUCAAUGUCCUGAAGAAAGAUAUUAUUUGUUGGGAUUUGUUUUGUUAGGAUGAGUUUCAGUGAGUCUGAAAGUUUUGGUGGUUGUCAUUUGGCUCAGAUAUUUUGGAUAGUAAAAGCUUUCACCUGAUUUUGACACAUUCAUCCAUUCACUCCAUUAACAUUACAGUGUUAUUUACUUUAAUGAGUCUGAAAGUAAUUUAAUUAUUCUUAUACAUGCAGUUGUUGUCUGUAAAGUCUUUAUUUUGAGUAUGAUUUGAGUUUUUUUCCUGACAGUUCUUUCGAGACUUGCAGGUGCCCUUUAUUUAAUUAUUUUGACUCUGUAUUGUUUUACUUUCAGUCUGUGUUUGUCAAACUCUGUGACCAGAUGUCUUUCUUUAUAAUGCCUGUCAUAAAAAUACCAGCACUGUACUUACAUCUGACACAUAUAUGCAAGACUGCAUUGUAACGCAUGUUAAAGUUGAUUGAUGAGGUGAAAAGGCCAAGAUGUAUUAAAAUCAACCCAACUUUUCUUUUUCCAUAUUUCCUUGUUUUACUUGAAUUUUAUUAUUAUUUUUUUAAAGAAUUUAAAAGUAAAAUAGUGACAUGUGUUUCUCUUGCAAAUGAAUGUUAGUGCAUUGGAGGUGAUAUGGCACAUAUGUUUUUGUGCUACCAUCUUUGAAAAAUCUUUACUCUCCUGUUUUGGGUAGAGAACUUCUUUUAUAAUUUUCCUCCAUACGUUUAUUCACAUUAAUGAAUAGUUUGGCUGAACAAUACCUUUUUGUGAACUCUGUUUCUUGUAUACUGUUUCUUUCACCACCAUCAGGAAGCCACAGGAUCAUGGCCAGGCUUUGUCUCUUUAGUUAAUUUUAAUGAUUACUUAAAUUGUAUAAAGUGUAUUUUUAUGAAAUAUGUGUGACAUUCCUGAAAAAUAGGAAUAAAUGCUGGGGUAAAGGAAGUUUUUGC